AUGGUAAUAAAUCUUUGCCUCCCACAGUUCAGACCAAGAAUUUACUGCAACAAGAUAUCAGCUGAUGGCUAUGAAGUAGAAAAUCUCAUCUCUGAAGACCUCACAAAGAGAAGUCGUGGUUUUAGGACGGAGUAUUUUAUUAAGCCACCCGUCCACGUGACUGUUUCCUUUCCCUUCAGUGUGGAAAUCUGUAGGAUUAACAUAGACCUCUCAGCUGGGGGGGGCCACAAUGUGACUGGCCUGGAAAUGUACACGUCUGCCUCAGCCAGCAGAGCAUCUUGGAAUGCCCCUCAGUGCCAGACCCUGGGCCCAGCUGAGCCCUCCCUCCCAGACAAGGAGGCGUUCACCUUAGUAGGCAAAGUCUUGUUGAAAAACCAAAACCAGGUGGUGUUUAGCCACAGGGGCUUCAAGGCCAGGCCACCAUUUGGCCUGAUGGAAGCCACACUCCCCUCCCCUGCUGUUGUGGCCCAGGAGCUCUGGAAUAAAGGACCUCUUUCCCUUAAUCACGUGGCCCAUCUCAAGAUCUGUAUCACCCACGUGACGGGCAGUGGUAUCCCUUGCAUCAAACGGUUGGAAGUGUGGGGUCAGCCCAACAAAACCUGCUCUCCGGAGGUAAUAGAUAACGUCCUGCUGGUUGCUUCCAAAACCCUCUCCCAGGACUUGGCUCUGCAGGUUCCGGCCUUGCCCAUGGAGAGUGACUGUGACCCUGGGGGUGAGUCUGGGGGCCGGCAGGCCCCCUCCAGCCUACAGGAGCUGGCUGAGGUAUUUCAGGAUGUGCCUGAGGAGUUCCUGGAUCCCAUCACCUUGGAGAUCAUGCCUUGCCCCAUGCUGCUGCCCUCAGGCAAGGUCAUCGACCAGGCCACACUGGAGAAGUGUAACCGCAGUGAAGCCACGUGGGGCCGAGUGCCCAGUGACCCUUUCACCGGGGUAGCCUUUACUCCACACUCCCAGCCCCUGCCUCACCCCUCCCUGAAGGCUCGCAUUGACCAAUUUCUGCUCCAGCAUUCCAUCCCUGGCUGCCACCUGCUUGGGAGAGCACAGACUAUGGGGGCAUUGACCCCUUCUUCCAUUGCUCUGCCAUCUCGGAAAAGGAAGAUGGAGCAGGCUGAAUAUGCCCCCGACAGUAGCCUUGACGUAAAUGCUUCCUGUUUUUCUACCACAAGCCUGGUCUCACCCACUACCUCAGAGCACACUGCUAAGAAAAUGAAAGCUGCCAAUGAGCUCGGUCUGACACACAUGGACUGCUCAACAGAGCCAGUGUCCCAUGAGCAGAAGCUGUCACAAAGCUUGGAACUUGCCUUGACAUCCACCCUUGGCUCCAUGCCCUCCUUCACGGCGCGGCUGACCAGGGGACAACUCCAGUACCUCGGCACAAGGAGGACCAGCACUUCCUGGAGGGCAGGCACUGGCCCGGAGCAGCCUGGGAGUGUCCUGGGUCCCGAGUGUGCCUCCUGCAAAAGAGUAUUUUCUUCCUACUUCAAAAAGGAGCCGGUGUACCAGCUUCCCUGUGGCCACCCCCUGUGCCGGCCCUGCCUGGGUGAGAAGCAGCGCUCCCUGCCCAUGACGUGCACAGCCUGCCAGCAGCCUUUCGCCAGCCAGGACGUGCUGCGGGUCCACUUCUGA